AUGUGGAUAUUACCGCUCCUAGGCUACGUCGGCGUGAUCCUUGGCUUCGGCUUCUUGACGCUCGCUAUAGCAUCCGGCCUCUACUACCUCUCCGAGCUCGUCGAAGAGCACACGGUCCUCGCGAAGAAACUGCUCUACCGACUGAUCUACGGCGUCAUCGUGCUGCAGGUGUUGCUGCUGGCUGUGGAUGGGUUCCCUGUGGGACUGAGCGCGCUGAGCAUUGUGUCGCAUGCGAUAUAUGCGCAGAACCUGAGGAAGUUUCCGAUUGUGAAAUUGACGGAUCCGCUGUUUUUGGUUUCUUGUGCACUGGUCAUUGCCAACCACUACCUGUGGUUCAGACACUUCAGCGCGCCGCCCCCGAGCUCGUCGUACUCAUCAUAUCCUUACUCACGCGACGCCAAUAUUCCUUCGUUCACGGAGAUUGCUAGCUACUUUGGACUCUGUGUAUGGCUCGUACCGUUCGCGCUCUUCGUUUCUCUAUCUGCCAGCGAGAAUGUUCUACCGUCUAUGGGAUCUGAGUAUGCGACAGGAGAGGGAAGCAGCUACAUAAGUGCUGGCAAAGCGCCUGACGCUUUCGCCAGUGGCACUGGUAGUGGUGUUGGAGGCAGCAGUACCGGUAUGGAAGGAAAGAGGAGGGCAAGGAGUGGAACGAAUGCAGGUCUCGCUAAACAGGUCGUCACUGGAGUAAGAGAAUGGGUUGGAGAGACUGGCGAGGUAAUGGGGUUCUGGAAAGGAGAGAGGACAAGGCCUACCUUCUGA